AUGGCACAGCAGCAGUCGACGAUCAACUGGGACGAGUACAUCUCGGAGCGAGGGAAGAUGUGGGAGCCGUCAGCGAUCCGCGGCCUGUUCCCGCUGGAGAAGAUUCCCGGAAUGGUCAGCCUGCUCGCUGGCAAACCCAACGCCGAGACGUUCCCUUUCUCGGCUAUCAAAGUCGACUUGAAGCCUAUCAUCCCCGGAGACCCUGUCGAGACACUCACGAUUGAAUCGGACGCCCUCUCGGAAGGCUUGCAGUACGGCGCGACGGCCGGUCUUCCAAGCCUGAACAAGUGGCUUGAGAACUUGCAGGAGGUGCGGCACAAGCGGGCGAGGGAUGGGAGUUGGGGGCUUAGUCUUGGGAGUGGAAGUCAGGAUUUGAUCAACAAGGCUUUCUACUCGCUCGUCAAUGAGGACGACUCGAUCUUGCUUGAGACACCUGUGUACUCGGGAACAAUCGGCCUUCUCAAGCGACACAAGGUCAACCUCAUCGAGGUCCCCGUCGACACGGAGGGCCUCGUCCCGGAGAAGCUUGAGGCCAUUCUCGCCAACUGGGAGAGCAAGUUCCCCGGCAAGCGGUUCCCCAAGAUCCUCUACACCAUCCCUACCGGCUCGAACCCAACGGGCGCCACCGCCCCUCUCGAACGACGAGAACGUGUCCUCGCGCUCGUCCGCAGAUACAAGCUCAUCCUCCUCGAAGACGACGCGUAUCACUACCUCUCGUUCGACCCGGAACAUAUCGUGCCGAGCUACUUUGAGCUGGAGGGAAGGGACGGAGGGGAGGUUGGGAGGGUUAUUCGGUUCGAUUCGUUCUCGAAGAUCCUCAGUUCCGGCAUGCGGUUGGGCUUCGUGACGGGCCCGAAGCCGAUUCUCGAGAUCAUCGACCUGCACACCGCCAACACCAACCUCCAGCCCUCCUCGACCACGCAAGCGAUGGUCCUCGUCCUGCUAAACAAAUGGGGCCUCGAUGGCUUCCUCGCGCACACUCGCCGCGUCGCCGCGUUCUACAAAGACAAGCGGGACAUGUUCGAGAAAGUUGCGCACAAGUACCUCGAUGGUUUGGCGACUUGGGUCACGCCUGAGGCGGGCAUGUUCCUCUUCCUCGACCUGCACCUCACGACCGACGGCACGCCCGGCGACUCCUCCGAACUAAUCUCGACAACAGCCGUCCAAAAAGGCGUCCUCGCCGUUCCAGGUGUCGGCUUUCUCCCGAACGGCGGCAGGUCCUCGUUUGUCCGCGUCUCGUUCUCGCUUGCGACGGAGGAGGAUGCAGAGUUGGCUUUCCAGCGGUUGAGGGAGUGCAUCCUUGAGGCCAAGGGCGAGAAGGCGUAG